CUGGAGUAAUACAUUCGGAAAUAAACCGGAAUCGCAAGAAGCCGACAGGGAGAAGGAGAGGGAGAAGAAGUGAAGCAAUUUACCGUCAAAAAUGGACGGAACAAUUUAGUAUGUAAUUCUAAGGGGUGGUUCAACUGGACAGAUAUUUUUAAAAAAAGAACUUAUGUUGUCGGUCCUGACAAGAGACAGUAAGCCGAAAAGUACUAACGUUAGGCUAUCAAACCUGAACUGACAGUGCCUGGAUAGCAAAGUUAGCUAGCUAGCUGACGUUAGGUCGUAACGUUAACUGUUAGUCUAGCGUUAUUAACAUUUUAGCACAGUCUGCCGAGCCAGAUAGCACUGGCAUGUUAUUUUACGCUGAAACAACCGUGUUAAAAAGCCAAAACCCUUUGCGUCCUCGCCGGUUAGUAAGCUGAGUUUGAAUCCAACUAGUCUACCUAGCUAGCGGGAAAGUCUCAAGUAGCAAGCUAAUUAGCUAACUUGCCUAACAUAGGUUAUUGUACUCUAUAGCGUCAAACCUGGUUUGGGAACGUAUAACGUUAUAAAGCAAGUAAACAUUUUGUGAUUAAUUUUCUUGUUAAUGCACGAAAUCUGUACGUGUAAUAAAUUAACAAACUAACAGUUAAAGCAGCUUGUUAAGUUGUCUAGCCUCUCUGUUAUCUCGCUGGUCUUCGUAUGUGAGGUAAGGCUAGGUAACAUUAGGUAGCUAGCUAGUAAGUUAGCCAUGUCAUUUGAGCUGAAUACCUGUGUUGCGUUUUGUUGUGAUUUGUCAGCUCAUAAGGUAGCUUGCUAGCCAGCCAGCAAACGGACUUUGCUUGCUUGCCAGAUAGCCGGUAGUAUUUCUUGACAGCUCUUCACUUUUCAAGGUUGCUCGGUAUCUAGCCAGACAACCAUGCACAUUUGCUGUAAGGUGACUGUCAUUUUUGGUUUGCAAACUAGAGUGCGAGACUUGUUCCUGGUUGAAAUCGCUUAACGUUAGCUAGCUAACUUCAACGUUACAUAGCUAGUUAAGGUUAACUACUUAGUUACGUUUUAUAGUUUUGAUUUUUUUUCAUUAUUUUUAACGGACCAUAGUUAAGUAGUAAAGAUCCGUUAUUUAAUUUUGCGUGGAUAGGUUUUUGGUUUACUUGGACGUUAACCCCAUGACUAGCUGCUCUAGCUAGCUGGCUAGCUAGACUCUGCAUUCACCGUAUGUUUUCUCGCAUCUUUUGCGUUUCAGUGUAUGUUUUUAUUUUCCGUCAGGUAACGUUAUUUUACACAAAAAUAUCCACCAGGUGAGAAAUUAUUUAAGAUCAAGUGUAGCUAGAUAACUAGCUAGCAGCGUUAAUCAACAUGUCGGGGCAGAGUAUCACCGAUCGGAUCGCAGCGGCUCAGCACAGCAUGACUGGAUCGGCUAUCAGCAAAGCAGUGUGCAAGGCUACGACACAUGAAGUCAGCGGACCCAAAAAGAAACAUCUGGAUUACCUGAUCCACUGCACCAGCGAGCUGAAUGUGAGCAUCCCCCAGCUGGCGGACACGCUGUUUGAGAGGACCGCCAACAGCAGCUGGGUGGUGGUCUUCAAGGCCCUCAUCACCACUCACCACCUCAUGAUGUACGGCAACGAGCGCCUUAUCCAGUACCUGGCCUCUAGAAACACACUCUUUAACCUGAGCAACUUCCUGGAUAAAGGUGCUCUGCAAGGUUAUGACAUGUCCACCUUCAUCAGACGCUACAGCAGGUAUCUGAAUGAGAAGGCGCUGUCCUACAGGCUGGUGGCUGUGGACUUCACCAAGAUGAAGAGGGGCACUGAAGGAGUGAUGCGCACCAUGAACACGGAGAAGCUGAUCAAGACCCUGCCCAUCAUCCAGAACCAGCUGGAUGCGCUGCUGGACUUCCAGGCAAAUCCCAACGAGCUGACCAAUGGGGUGAUCAACGCUGCCUUCAUGCUGCUUUUCAAGGACUCCAUCCGCCUCUUCGCCGCCUACAACGAGGGCGUCAUCAACCUGCUGGAGAAAUAUUUUGAUAUGAAGAAGAACCAGUGCAAAGACGCUCUGGACAUUUACAAGAAAUUUCUGUACAGGAUGACCAAGUUGUCAGAGUUCCUGAAAGUGGCCGAGCAAGUUGGGAUUGAUCAGGGUGACAUCCCAGAUCUCACGCAGGCUCCCAGCAGCCUCCUGGAGGCCCUGGAGCAGCACCUGGCUUCUCUGGAGGGCAAGAAGACCAAGGAGUUCUCUGCGGCCAGCAGGGCCAGCACCCUGUCCAACGCCGUGUCCUCGCUGUCCAACACGGGCAUGUCCUUCAGCCGCAUGGACGAGAAGGAGAAGCAGCAGGCCCUGGAGGAGGAGCAGGCCCGGCUGCAGUCCCUCAAGGACCAGCGUUUGAAGGAGAUUGGCAUUCAGACGCCCUCGGCCUCCCCCAGCGCCCAGUCCGUCGGCAGCACCAACAGCCACAGCGCCGCCAUGGACCUCUUCUCCAACUCCACCGUGCCCCCGUCUGCCAACAGCGUGCCAAACCUCAGCAGCGACCUGUUCGACCUCCAGCCUGCCUUCGUCCCCACGGUGCAGAGCACGCCGUCCAUAUCCACCGCAGGCACCAGCGCCUGGGGAGGUCUGGAGACCCAGCACGCCACAAACACCGCUGCCCUGGCAGCAAUGAAUGUAGAUUUCGAUGCCGUUUUUGGGACUAAAGUUGCCAAUAACGAUGUGAAGCCUGCAGCAGCUGGUUUCGAUGCUUUAGGGGAAGUGCUGAAGCCCUCGGUGCCUGUGCAGAGCCAGCCCCCCCCUAUGCCUGUGCACUCGGGGAGCAAACUGCUGGACAAUGACCUGGACUCCUCCCUGGCCAACCUCGUGGGCAAUCUGCAGUUUGGGGGAACACCAGCCAAAAAUUUGUUGUUUGGUGCGCCCACGUUCAGACCCGACAUGCAGUGGACCCAGCAGGGCGAGAAGAAGCUGACCGGAGGCACCAACUGGCAGUCUAAGACCAUGAGCACCACCACGGCCUGGAACCCGGGGCCCAUGGGCCCCACGCCUAUGCCUGUGCCACACAUGAAUGGAAUGUUCUAUACUGGUUAUGCUCCUGCUCCGAUGGCUUUUCCCAUAGCGACACCUCAAGUGCCUGUGUAUGGAAUGGUUCCGCCUCAGAUGGGGCAGAUGGGCGGGGUCCAGAUGAUGGCGCCGCAGCCGAUGAUGUACAACCAGCCUGUUCUCAGACCCACCAACCCCUUCGCCCCCAUCCCCGGAGCGCAGAUGCAGUUCAUGUAGUAACCAGCAAGGGACUAGAACACCGGACGCAAUGGCAGAGUCCAACCAGGAGGAGCGAAGAGAGACAGAAACGAGACGGCAAGACUUGACACCAAAUACAGGGGAGGGAAAGAGAAGACGAGCGUGCGCUGAGGAAGACUGGCUCGUGCCGCGCCCGCUCACUUCCUGUGUCUGAAACAGCUCCUCCCACCCACACGCCCAGCUCACGCCGCGCCCCCUCUGCCCACAGUCACAUGACCCCAUACUCGCUUUUCAUUUCCAACUAAUUCGGGAUUAUUAUUUUUUUAACAUUUUAUAGAAAAGGGGCAUGAUAGGCUAGGUGGCACUGAUCGCCACUGAGCAGUAUAUAUAGAUAUAUAUAUAUAUUUAAAGUUUGUGGUGAUUUUAUGUCCUGGUUUAGUGUUCUGUUUUAGGUUUGGGGUUGGGUCAUUAGGUCACUUCUGGUUCCUGUGGAUGAAUCUGUUACAGCAGUAUUGGUGCUUUUGAGGAGGUAGAGGGGUGUAACAGCGCCCAAAGCUCUUAGUGGGGCCUACCAGGGAGGCCUGCCUGCUCUGUGUGCAAGUCUUGUCCACGAGGAUCCAGUUUUGGCCGGCUUUGUCGGCCUCUUUUGAAACCUUUGCUAUUUUGUUUCCCACGUCCAGACUACAGAAUUGAUUCUGAAAGUAAAGAGUAAAUGUUAAUGUUGAUGAAAUGAGUGUUUGUUUGUUUUUUAAGGUCAGUUGUUGUCGGGAAAGGGCUAUCAAGAGUUGGCACACUGUUUCCUCAAAGCACUUGAGCUAGACUAUGUUAACCUCUCUGAGGACCAUUUAGAGUUACUAAAAUGUGGGAUUAAAAAAAAAGAAAAGUGUUUUGACACGCGUUUCUUUGUUACUGAGGUGUCACUUUUAGUUUUAGGUUUGCCCCGGAAUCUCCUAAAAUAUAAAAUAUUUUUUUAGUUGGUCAUUUUUUUGCCCCCAUUUCCGUUCCCAUCCUGCCCCACAGGAAGUGGCGGCGGCGUUUGCUGCGGCUCGCGUGAUUGGUUGAGGGGCGGCUGUUUCAGACAAACGUCAGAGCGCUCGCGGUGGGAGAACGCCGCCCGCGGACGACACCAAGACCCGCUCUCCUCCUCUUUCUCUGCUCGCCAUCUCCGCCUCUGGAAAAGAGACUCCGAAAUAUGAUGUCAUUCCCUUUCUUGUGCUCUGUUGUAGCUUGUAAAUAAUGUUCUUCCUACAUGCCUGGAACAUGGAACCCCUCACCCCUGUGCCUGCCCCCCACCCUUACCCCUCCCUGUCUUUUUUAAGGCUCGCCAAGUUCACCUUUCCGUACUAAAUUAGCAUUUUCUACGAGGUUUAUUUGUGUAUUGGUUCUUCAGAAAGGAAGUGGUGAAGGUGUCCUUGAAUUAAUUUUUAUUUUUUAUAGCCAAAGCUUCAGUUUUUGCAGCGUAGAGUCU